AUGGCUGCCUCCUUGUCGUCUGCUGGUGUGAAAAUUAUGGCGGAAUAUAUUACAUGUAAGGCAUUCAAACAAGCAGACUAUGUCUUCUUUGAACUGGAUCUUACUGACCCCUACACAAUUUCAGCCCUAGCAAAAUGCCAACUGCUGCCACAUGGGGAGAAUCUUUCCAAUGUUUUGCCCCGAGAUAUUUACCAAAGACUGAAAAAGCAUUUGGAUUACAUCAAGUUUAUGAUGCCCGAAUGGCUAACCGACGACCAGAAAGGACGCGGCCUCUACGCGGAUUAUUUAUUCAAUGCCAUUGCUGGCAAUUGGGAAAGAAAGAGACCCGUCUGGAUAAUGCUUAUGGUGAACUCGUUGACUGAAAGUGAUAUCAAGGCUCGAGGUGUGCCUGUCUUGGAUCUGUACCUGGCACAGGAGGCCGAACGACUCAAUAAAAUCAAUGGUGCCGUGGAGAAAGUUGAAGAACAGUGUGUUCCACUUAACGAGCUUAAUUUUUCUCAGGUGUUAUUUGCCCUGAACCAAACUCUGCGUCAACAUGAGACUUACCGCAAAAACAAGGUCGCCAUGCCCUACACCACUGACCACCUGGUACAGCAGUAUAACUGUGGUGACCUCAACUCCAUCAUAUUCAACCAGGACACGUCACAGUUCCCCAGCCUGGUCAAUGCAUCAUUGCCUCCACACGAGCUGCAAACAGCCAAGACUAUAGACAGCUACUUCCGCAAUGAGCUCAUACACAAACGGAACGAGAGGAUGGCCACACGGGUGGUCGAUUUAAUACAGACGCACCCGAAACAGAGUUUCUUCUUUGCCUUUGGUGCAGGUCACUUUAUGGGCAAUCAUACCGUCAUUGAUCAUUUACGAAAAGCUGGCUUCGUAAUUGAACACACGUCUCCGGAGUAUCUAAUACCUGAACAUCCAGGGAAACGGUCGAGGAAAAGCAGGCGGAGGAAGAAAAUCCAUUUUGCAGACACGAAGGAUUCUAAAUCAGCAAACGGUGCCGGAAGAGAUCAAAUGCAUUAUUUCUUACGGAACAGACAACGAAACAACAAAAACCGCCACCAACAACACCAACAUGAAGAAAAGAGGAAAAACCUGAGCAGACAAGAGAAAAUUAGAUUUAAUGACCUUUGGAUCAGGAUUAAUACCCAGAACCCCAACGGUAUGUUGCUGCCCCACAUUGCCAACCUCGAUGCAAUAUGGACGACCACCGAAUCCAGCCGGAACACACGGCACCAACACCACAGCAACAACAACCACAACAACAACAACUAUAAGCAAUAUCAGCAACAGAAGUUAGCUUACAACUCGGCAGAUGGCAGCACUGUUACUGGUGUCACCGCCAUGUUGUUGUCAUGGCGAUUAUUCUUUGUCCUAAUCAGCUCUAUAUCAGUUGGGGUCUGCCAGUUACUGGCUUGAAGGGUCAUAGGAAAAUACGACCCUUAAACAAAAAGGACCAUUUUAAAACCCUUUAGAACAAUAUUGUUCAUUUUUCUUUCCCCUAAUAUUUACUGUCCCUUUUACCACAAACUGUUAUGGUUUAUUAUCACUGUAUAACAAAAACCCCUUAUAUCUUAAACCCUACAAAUUUAUUAUAUUCUAAAACAGCAUCUCCCAACCUCACUGUAUAACAUAAACCCCUAAACAUUAAACUUCUCCUUUAUUAUAUUCUAAAACAACAUCUCUCAAUCCUUUAAACCUUUAGGGAACCCUUAAAAUACAUGACAUGUCUCAGGAAACCCCUACACAACAACUAUUCUACACUUUUAGGGAUCCUUUUGUCUGCUUUUCACAAGGGAUUCAACAAACCCUUAAACUGUCUUUGAAAGGAUUUAAAUCUAUUCAUCCAUUUUCUCAAUCCCACUAUUUCUGGGAUGUUCACAGGGGUAGAGUCCUCAGGCUCCUCCUCAAUAGGGUCCCAUCAAAAGCAGUCAUCCUUAUAUUUCCCAGCUAGAUUCCCAAACACAACCAACUGAGACUACGGAUGUUAUCCAGCCAUUUCUUUUUUAUAUACAUAGAUAUAUAUACA